GCCGGACUGGAUGUGGGAAACGUGAGGUGGGGUGUGCUCCCAGCACACCCUAGUGAUGAUGUUCGAUAUGUAAUGCUUCACCUUUGAGCGCCUGAGCACGGACUCCGGGUCAGCCACGAUGACGACCGCGGUCACCGUGAAUUGGCUCGCACGCACGGGCGCUUCUGCCCUUCGGGUCCAUAUAUGCAGGGUUCGUAGGGGCCCCGGGUCCACAUAAUCGUUUCCUUGAGAACCGACCAUGAACCGACCGAGUAUCGGGGCAUCCUCAUCCAAGGAGGCCAUUGCGAAGAGGGACGAAGCGCUCCUCGCUCAGCUCGGCUAUAAACAAGAGUUUAAACGUGCUUUCAAGCCGUCAGAGGUGUUUGGCAUUGCGUUCAGUAUCAUUGGGCUUCUUCCGUCGAUUGCAUCUGUUCUCGUCUAUGCAUUGUCAAAUGGUGGUGCCUCUUCUAUGGUGUGGGGAUGGGUCGUAGGGAGCCUCCUCAUUCUUUCCGUUGGUUUAUCGAUGGCCGAGUUGGGUUCCGCAGCACCUACAUCCGGAGGCCUCUACUAUUGGGCCUACUCCCUCUCGUCUCCCCGCUGGCGGAACUUACUCUCUUGGGUUGUUGGAUAUGCGAAUACGGUGGGUUCCAUCGCGUCGGUCGCCUCAAUUGACUGGAGCUGCGCCGUCCAAGUUGCCGCCGCUGCAAGCAUCGGAUCAGGGCAAACCUUUGUCGCUACCACUGGCCAGCUCUACGGUAUUUAUAUUGCGAUACUCCUCUCGCAUGCCGUUGUGUGCUGCCUUGGAACCGUUGUCCUUGCGAGACUACAAUCGAUCUAUGUUGCGAUAAACAUCCUACUCUGCAUUGCGGUUAUCAUCGUACUUCCGGCUGCAACACCGAAAGAGUACAUCAACAGUGCUAGUUAUGCCCUCGGUAACUUCACAAAUUUGAACGGUUGGCCAAACGGCUUUGCCUUUGUCCUCUCAUUGGUUGCACCACUUUGGACGAUAUGUUCGUUUGAUUGUGCUGUACACAUCAGUGAGGAGGCCGCAAACGCUGCUACUGCCGUUCCAUGGGCCAUUGUCAGUUCCAUCAUUGUUGCAGGGAUCCUGGGCUUGGCCAUCAACAUUGCCCUUGUUUUCUGCAUGGGCACGGAUAUUGAGUACACGCUCAACAGUCCUAUCGGGCAGCCAAUGGCCCAGAUUUUUUUCAACAGCCUCGGAACGAAGGCCACGCUGGCGGUGUGGACGUUUGUAGUGAUCGCGCAGUACAUGAUGGGUUCUAGCAUGCUUCUCGGCGCAUCCCGCCAGACCUUCGCAUUCGCUCGUGACGGUGCACUUCCACUUUCGAAUAUCCUUUACCGCGUAAACAGCUUCACUGGCACGCCCGUCAACACGGUCUGGUUUGUCGUUUUGAUGGCAGGCCUGCUGGGCUUGCUCGCAUUUGCUGGCACAGGAGCCAUCGACGCUAUCUUUACCAUGUCGAAUUCGUCGCUCUACGUUGCGUAUGCGAUACCUAUAUUCGCCCGGUUCGCAUUCGACAAUGACUUUAAGCCGGGACCUUUCAAUCUUGGCAUUUUCAGUUUGCCGAUAGGCGUUAUAGCCAUUGUAUUCAUGUCUUUCAUGAUCAUCGUUUUCUCCUUCCCUACGACGCCAACCACCAACGCUGCGAAUAUGAAUUAUGCAAUUGUCGUCUUUGGUGGUGUAAUGGUGUUGUCCCUUGUAUGGUACUACUUCCCAGUGUAUGGCGGCAUACAUUGGUUCACAGGACCUGUACCCAACAUCGAUGCCGAUAAGAAGGAUGAGACAGGUGGAAUGUAUGAUGACUAUGCGUCCAAGGAGAAAAGCGCAGAAGGGUCUGUGAAAGUAGUGAGAGUAUAAGCAACUCGUGGCAGCUUCCCUAGGUGGUAGUAUGUUGACACUAGUAAUAUCUACAUGCGAUGAAAAACAUGUAUGCUUUAGACCUUCG